AUGUCGCGUGGGAGCGGCUCUGGAUAUGACAGGCACAUCACGAUCUUCUCUCCGGAGGGACGUCUGUUCCAAGUCGAGUAUGCGUUCAAGGCCGUGCGGCAGUCGGGGAUCACCAGCAUAGCAAUCCGCGGCAAGGACUGCGUGUGCUUCGUAACCCAGAAGAAAGUCCAGGACAAGCUGAUUGACCCUGGCACCGUCACGCGGAUUUUCAAGAUCACAAAGUACAUUGGCAUGCUGGUCACCGGACUGCCUGCCGACUCCCGGAGCGUGGUGCAGCAGGCGCGGCAGCAGGCGGCCGAGUUCCGGUUCACAUAUGGCUACGAAGUCCCGGUGGAUUACCUGGCUAAGGUGCUGGCCGACAAGGCGCAGGUGUACACCCAGGUGGGUGCUGGGAUGCUUGCGGGGCGCGGCCCGCCACCGGCAGACUGGGGUUGCCCGUUGACGCCGCCCGCUGGCGCCCGCUGGCUCGCGCCCCCGACCGCGCUGUCGCAGCACGCGUACAUGCGGCCGCUGGGCGUGAUCUCAAUGCUGGUGUCUGUGGAUGAGGAGCGCGGCCCCAGCCUCUUCAAAGUGGACCCGGCGGGCUACUACGUCGGGUACAAGGCCACCGCGGUCGGCACCAAGGAGACCGAGGCGGUGAACUUCCUGGAGAAGAAAGUGCGCGCCAUGCCGGCCGAGGGCGCGAGCUACGACGACACCUGCCAGACGGCUAUCUCCGCGCUGCAGUCCGUCCUUGCUGAAGACUUCAAGGCCAGCGAAAUCGAGGUCGGGGUCGCGCGCACAAGCUGGGACGGUCGCGACGAGCGGGCAUUCAAGGUGCUGCCGGUGGAGGAGGUGGACGCCUUCUUGGUUGCAAUCUCUGAGCGAGACUGA